UCUCUCUAACCUGACAUGACACCACACCAUUGUACAAAGACAAAGGAUCUAUUGACCAACAGUAGAGAGCACUGCUAGCUCUCUCUCUCUCACACACACACACACAAUUUAUUGUGAUCACAACACAAACACCAUCGCUAUCGUCAACUACACUAUAUUUACACUUUCCCUCAUCUUUAAUUUUCAACUCUCUCUCUCUCUCAUGGAUCUUUCAUGGGCGUAUGGCAUUGUCCUUCUUCUUCUUCUUCUUCAGGAAUGUUGCUCUGUUCUCGCUAUUGUUUCAAGCAAAGUUCACAUAGUGUAUAUGGGAAAUAGACACCAUGGUGAGCCCCAGCUUGUUGAGGAUUCUCACCAUCAGAUUCUUUCAGAAAUUUUUGGAAGCAAAGAAGCUGCCAUGGAAUCAAUUCUGUACAGCUACAAGCAUGGGUUUUCAGGAUUUGCUGCAUUACUAACUCCUUCUCAAGCUAAACUGAUUGCAGAUUUCCCUGGAGUUGUUCGUGUAGUUCCUCACCGGAUUCUCAAUCUGCACACAACGAGAAGUUGGGACUUUCUUCAAAUGUAUCCUAAUGCGGAUAAUGGAAUCCUCUCAAAGGGUCAAUCCGGUGCUGGGUGUAUAAUUGGCGUCAUGGACACUGGAAUAUGGCCUGAAUCCGAAAGCUUUAACGAAGUGAAUAUGCGACCAAAACCACCACGUCGGUGGAAAGGGAUAUGCCAGGAAGGAGAACAAUUCAACAGUUCUUCUUGUAACAAGAAAAUUAUUGGUGCACGUUGGUACGCCAAAGGAUAUGAAGCUGAAUUUGGGAAGAUAGAUACAAGUGAUGGGUUUGAAUUCUUGUCUCCCCGGGAUGCAUCGGGUCAUGGUACCCACACCUCAUCUACCGCAGCUGGCGCUUUAAUUAACAACGCGAACUUUAUGGGACUAGCUCGAGGAUUGGCAAGAGGUGGUGCUCCGUCAGCUUGGUUAUCUGUGUACAAAGUCUGUUGGGCAACCGGUGGCUGCAGCUCAGCCGACCUCCUUGCUGCAUUUGAUCAUGCAAUUCUAGAUCGUGUGGAUGUGCUUUCGCUGUCUCUAGGUUCAACACCUCCACUUUCUACCUACGUCGACGAUGUUUUGUCCAUUGGUUCAUUCCAUGCUGUAGCUAGUGGCAUUGUUGUAGUCUGCUCUGCUGGGAAUUCUGGUCCUUACCCUGCAACAGUGUUCAAUACUGCUCCUUGGGUGAUUACCGUAGCAGCAAGCACAAUCGACAGAGCUUUCCCUACUAAGAUUACUUUGGGGAACAAUCAAACAGUUGUGGGUCAAGCUUUCUACAAGGGGAAGAAUGUUAACACGUUCUAUCCAAUUGUGUAUGGAGAAGACAUUGCAUUAAGCGGUGCAGAGGAAGAUAGUGCAAGUUGUGACACGGGAUCUCUCAAUGCCACUUUAGCGCAAGGAAAGGUGGUUCUUUGUUUUCAAUCUGUGACACAAAGGUCUGCCGCCACUGCUGCAGACACUGUAGUAGACGUUCAAGGUGUAGGAGUCAUCUUUGCCCAGAUUCCAACUAAGGAUGUCGAGUUAAUCUUGGAUGUCCCUUGUGUCCAAGUGGACUUUACAAUAGGAACUUAUCUGCUGACAUACUUGGCAACAAGCAGCAAUCCUGUUGUGAAGUUUAGCUACACGAAGACAACCCUAGGGCAUCAAACUUCGCCAGAAGUAGCACUAUUCUCUUCUCGAGGACCAAGUUCCCUCUCUCCCGCCGUCUUGAAGCCAGAUGUUGCUGCGCCGGGAGUUAACAUCUUGUCCUCCUGGUCCCCUGCAUCUUCCUCCCAGGAUCCCAAUACCCCUCAAAAUCAACACCUUCUGCGUAACUUCAAAAUUGUAUCAGGAACCUCCAUGGCCUGCCCUCAUAUUUCCGGUAUCGUGGCUCUUCUCAAAGUUAUCCACCCCGCAUGGAGCCCUGCUGCAAUUAAGUCUGCCUUAAUCACAACAGCCUCUGUCAAGGAUGAUUAUGGUCAAAAUGCUGUGGCAGAGGGAGCUCCACACAAGCAGGCUGACCCAUUCGACUAUGGAGGCGGUCAUGUUGAUCCUAACAAAGCAAUGGAUCCUGGUCUCAUAUUUGACAUGAAACCCGCAGAUUAUGUUCAAUUCCUUUGCUCCAUGGGUUAUAAUGACACUUCCAUCACCAACACGACUCAAGUUCAAAGCCCAUGCCAAAAAAAAGCAAACUUCCUUUUAAACCUCAAUCUCCCUUCUAUCUCCAUUCCCGAGCUGAAGAAUAGAAUGACUGUGUCAAGAACAGUUACAAACGUUGGUCCAACAGAAACCGUCUACUAUGCUCGAGUUGAAGCUCCCCCUGGCAUAAAUGUGGUCGUGAAGCCGUCGAUUUUGUUUUUCAAUUUUACAAGAAAGAAGCUAAAGUUCAAGGUAACCUUUUGUACCCAGCAAAGAGUUCAAGGAAGAUAUGCAUUUGGAAAUCUGUUCUGGGGGGAUGGUUUUCACGUAGUAAGGAUGCCAUUGAUAGUUCGAGCUGUCAUUCAAGAUUUUUAUGCAGACACGUGAUUGCAGCUGUCAUUUUUACAAUUUUUUAAAAAAUAUUUCUCAAAUAAUUUUCCUUAUAUAUCACAAUCUCGCUUGGAAGACGGAAUAUGAAAUCGGGGAGAGGAAGAAACUUUUGGAGUGUUUAGACAAAGCACAAACUUAGUAGGCUUAACGCACAUGUAGAGGAAAGAGCAGAUUCUUUUUAUUUUAAACCAAUUGAAUAUUUCACACUA